GCAUUGUGAAGAUAUCAAGUCAGAACCAGACAGCAUCUUUGCUCCACUGUCAGACAUGGACCACAUGAUGUCACACUCUUCUGAUCACAGUGACCACAUCCAAAAACCUUUGGAGAGUAAAAAUGACUCUAAAGGUGAUACGAGACAUCACACUAACAACAAACACUUUGACUGCUCUGAAUGUGGGAAAUCAUUUAGACGGAAGAGUCAUUUUACAGAACACAUGAGAACACACACUGGAGAGAAACCUUUUACUUGCUCUGUUUGUGCUAAAAGAUUCAACACUAAGAAUGAAAUGAUAUUACACAUGAGAACACAUACUGGAGAGAAACCUUUUACUUGCUCCGUUUGUAAGAAGAGUUUCCCCACAAAGCAUUACAUGACCAGACACAUGAGAACACAUCUUGGAGAGAAACCUUUUACUUGCUCCGUUUGUAAGAAGAGUUUCUCCAGAAAGCAUCACAUGACCAGACACAUCAGAACACACACUGGAGAGAAACAUUUUGCUUGCUCAGCUUGUGCUAAAAGAUUCAACACUAAGACUGAAAUGAUAUUACACAUGAGAACACACACAGGUGAGAAACCCUUUACUUGCUCUGUUUGUAAGAAGAGUUUCUCCAGAAAGGAACACAUGACCACACACAUGAGAACACACACUGGAGAGAAACCUUUUGCUUGCUCAGCUUGUGCUAAAAUAUUCAACACUAAGAAUGAAAUUAUAUUACACAUGAGAACACACACAGGUGAGAAACCCUUUACUUGCUCUGUUUGUAAGAAGAGUUUCUCCAGAAAGCAAAUUAUUACCAUACACAUGAGAACACACACUGGAGAGAAACCUUUUGCUUGCUCUGUUUGUAAGAAGAGUUUCUCCACAAAUACAAACUUGACCACACACAUGAGAACACACACUGGAGAGAAACCUUUUACUUGCUCUGUUUGUAAGAACAGUUUCUCCAGAAAAGAACACAUGACCAUACACAUGAGAACACACACUGGAGAUAAACAUUUUGCUUUCUCAGCUUGUGCUAAAAGAUUCUACUCUAAAAUUACAUGAUAUUACACAUGAGAACACACACUGGUGAAAAACCCUUUACUUGCUAUGUUUGUAAGAAUAAUUUCUCUAGAAAGCAACACAUGACCAGACACAUGAGAACACACACUGGAGAGAAACCUUUUGCUUGCUCAGCUUGUGCUAAAAGAUUCAACACUAAGAAUGAAAUUAUAUUACACAUGAGAACACACA